AUGUGCCAGGAGGCCAUCGACGAAGCAGACGCUACCGAGUCCGUGGCUCCGGUGAUCAGCAGCCCCAACCCCCCGGCUGACGAACCGGAAGAGGAGGAGGAGUCAACGGAGAAGGGUAUUAAGCUGGGCGAGUAUCAACGCUGUCUUCACCAUGCGGAUGGCCUGGUUUCAACCGUCUAUCGAUCCAAGAAGGAGGAUGGCACCCUGGUUGCUUUGAAGGUGACCACGCCGCAUCUCAUGAAUCCUCCCCAUGACGCGAAGCGUGAGCGGGGCCUGCGUACCUGGCGGACUUUGGCAUCGCAUGGAAGGAAGGGGAGUCGGGAAAAAGAGCCUGCAAACAAGAAAAUCAUUGACGUGGGUACCACCUGCUACCGUGCUCCCGAGAUCCUGUUCGGCUACAAGGAGUACGACACCACUGUCGAUCUCUGGGCCGCAGGGUGUGUGGUGGCCGAGGCUGUGUUGCCGAAUCACCGACAACUGUUUGACGCGGGACCUGCGGGCACCGAGCUGGCGCUUAUUCAAUCCAUCUUCACGACCCUCGGUACGCCCACCGCGGAGACUUGGCCUGAAACGUCCAAGCUGCCCGACUGGGGCAAGGUCGAAUUCCACGAAUACCCCGGCAAGCCGUGGGAGGAGAUCCUCAAAGGAGCGCCUUCUCGCGGCCGUGACCUGACCAGCCAGCUGAUUCGUUUUGAAAGCAAGACAAGACUGUCUGCUGCCGAGUUGUAUGGCUCGGGGUCGCAAGCGUACUCUCUAGUAGUCUACCUCGACCAAGGUACGACCAGUGUGCUAGGUCACCUGACUGUACCCUGGCAUUACAUGCAAUCCAUGUCCUCGUGCUCUCUCAGACUGCCCUCGAACUGCUCCUUCCCUGGUCGAGAAUCUGCCUAA